CUGCCGCCGCGUGCUUCCCUCACAGCUAUCACUUCACACAUGUGAUUAACUUUUUUUUACUCAAGUGCAGUGGCCAGUAUUAAGUUCAUUAUUUUUGUAAACUAAUUAACUUUUUUUAAUUGUUUUUUUGAUAAUUGAAAAUGGGCUUAGCUGAAGCGUCCAACAGACGGAGACUUUAGGUCGACAUAGGUCAGUUGCCUGCGGGAACACAGAAUGUUUUCCCUAUGCCGCCGCUACAAAGAUGAUCACGAACAUGGCGCUACGCAAAUCAAAGGCGGAUAUAUGCUGCGUUAUAAGCGAAAGUAUCUGUGGAACUCCUGGUCUGAAGAAUGGGUGGUGCUCUACGACGACUCUACUAUGGCUUGGUUUAAGGACGCAUCAGGCAAAUGCAUGGCAACACAGAAACACCUGGUGAAGGAAAGUCCGGAGAUGCUGGCGAUCUCCACCUGGACUGGCCAGGUGCCGAAGAGGCCGACCUUGCCGCCGGGAGCGAAGUUGUCGCAGCUCAUGGCACUGGGCUCCAGGCGAGACCCUGGACAGGUCGUCUGGAUGCUGGCGAAGUCUGAUGCUGAAAUGAAAGAAUGGAUGGCGGCAAUUUCAAAAACGCUUCCUCCACCGCCCCACAUCGAGCUGGUGAUGGCCAUGCCGUACCUCCGAACCGCUUUCAAAAGGCCCACAGUCCGAGUGCGACCCACCUCCUCGGAGAUCUACAACAGGAGCAGUCGUAAUGCUGUUGGUGCGUUGGAUGGCCGUGGGCUGGUGGCUGUUAUCAAAAGGCAGGUGCCGCUGGCUGGCCAGCUCGACCAUCAACUGGCCUGGGGCCAGGGAUGGGGGUGGGUGACGUUGCCGAACGGAGUGUGGAGUGGACGUCUUACCUGGUCUCAAGACGGCGAGGACUUCGCCCUCCACGCUAUGCCGAUCAUGCACCACACCAACGUCUCCCAAGCCUGCUCCAUGCUCGACGGAGUGACAGCAUACGAGGCCUCCGCCUACGAACAAGCCCUCGCUGAAUACGAUGACACUGCCACCACGUCCGAUGACUGGGAUUUCGGAGUUGACUGCGGAGACUUUAUGAUGUAAUCUUUAGUUCGAGAGGCACAAUAUGAUUUCGCAAUUUGGAUUCUUUUGGAGUUUAACUCCGAUACCCGAAAUGGGUUGUGCCGUUAAGGCAUUUGAGACGAGGGUUUUCGUAUCUAAAGGCACAUUCAAAUAAUUGCUCUGCGAAUUUGAAUAACGUUUGCUCAUAUUCCUUUGUGAAAACGUGAAGAAUUUCUCUAGUCCAUAUACGAAACAUUUCUGGAAUAACAAAUUUUAUACCAAAUAUAAUGGUGAUACAAUUAAUUUUGUACUUUUACAUUUAUAUUAUUACUACGCGUAUACCAAAAUUUACAGUUUACUAUGUGCCAAAAAUAAACUUUCAAAUCUGUUUUGAGAUUAUAUACGUGCCAAUAUCUGAAGAUCUUAUGAAAACGUGAAUAAAACUAAUAGUUCUCGUCGGUUCUUCCGUUCGGAAAUGUUCUGUCACUGAUCGUUGUGUUCCGAUAUUAAUGAUUAUUUUUGAACAUUUCCAAUAACUAUUAUCCGUAUAGUUGCAUGCUCUAGUCGUGUCUGCAUGUCCUAGAUGAUGUGUAUAGCCAUGAAAAUGUCUAGAUUUUAUUCUACGGCCUAUUGAUACGGUUUAGGUGUUCAAUAAUAUAGAUACAUUAGCACCGUACUUGUUCCGUAACCGCGUUUAUUAAUUGCUCGUAAUUUUUUUACACUAUUUUGUUUUAUAUAUUUUGAAAAAUGAUAUACAAAAUCUAAAAUACACAAUCUACUAACGUGUGAAGACUUAUUUCGUAUCGCAAUUCUUCAAUAUAUAUAUUUCGGUUACACUGUGCGAGUUGCUAGACUAACAGCGAAGCCAGCUACUGCCAUCGACGGGUCGCAUGCCAGUAGCUUAAUACUGUCUUAAUUAUCCUCUAAUUAUAAUUAGAGCGAUAUUUACUGUGAGCUCACUUGAUAAAAGGAUCUGAAAUGACAAAAUGUAACACAAAUUCGUACCCCGACAUGAACGUAAAGCGAUCGUACUAUGACAAGUUAUUUGAUGCCGUAAAAACAAAACAAAUUCUCCCCUAUUCAUUUGCACUUUGUAAUCAAAUUAUAGAACCAUUACGGCUUUUUAAUAAACAACUAUAUCACAAUAUCUAUAUAAACGCUAAUAGUCGAGUAUACUAUAACCCGACUAAAUACAAGAGUCCAACUCUAUGUUAGACGUUAAUUGGUGAAUCACAUUUACUUGAACAUUGAGAAACUCGAAUAUAGUAUAUCUAAACUAAAUACAAAAGUCAAGCUGUGUCUUAGAUGUUAAUUGGAGGUAAAA